CUCGAGUGCCUCAAGCCUGCAGCAAAUAUGGAUGCACGCUCUACCAUUCUGCUCCUACUAACUUCGAUUCAUCUGCUUUUGCGCAUCUCUGCUCGCGAAUUCCUCUUGCCAGGCUCCUCUCUCUCCGUAGAAGAUAGCUCUGACAUGCUCCAUUCACCAGAUGGUACUUUCACCUGUGGCUUCAAUAACGUUUCCCAUAAUGCAUUUGUCUUCUCUAUUUGGUUCUCCAAUACAGCUGAAAAGACUGUCGUCUGGAGCGCAAAUCACCUCCACCCUGUGUACUCCUUGGGAUCCCAAGUGAUGCUACACAAGGAUGGCCGAAUGGUUGUAGAAGAUUACGAUGGCCAGCUCGUGUGGGAGAAUGGUGUGAACUCUUUAUCAAAUGCCAAACAAGCUCAGUUGUUGGACACAGGAAACCUCAUCGUGAUGGGCCAAGGUGAUAUCAUUCUAUGGCAAAGCUUUGAUUCACCUACCGAUACAUUGCUACCCAAUCAGAACAUUACUGCUGCUACAAAGUUGGUAUCUGCUGAUAGGUUACUAGUUCCUGGGCACUACAGUUUCCAUUUUGAUGAUGAACAUUUACUCACACUGUUUGAUGAUCAGAAGGAUCUCUCUUUUAUCUAUUGGCCAAAGCCUGAUAUUAAUACAUGGGCAAAGCAAAGAAACCCAUUUAGUACCACCACAUUUGGGUUCCUUGAUAGCUGGGGAUAUUUUCUUGGAAGUGAUAAUUUAACUUUUAAGGCUGCCGAUUGGGGUCUAGGGGUUAUGAGGAGGCUAACAUUGGAUUAUGAUGGCAACCUUAGAUUAUACAGUCUAAGUAGGGAAAAGCGAAAAUGGUCAGUCACGUGGAUAGCAUUUCCGACCUGCUUUGUACAUGGUUUGUGUGGUAUGAAUGGAAUAUGUGUGUAUACACCUAUGCCUGCUUGUGCAUGUGCCCCAGGACAUGAGAUCAUCGACCAAAGUGACCGGAGAAAAGGUUGUCGGCCAAAGUUCAACCUCAGUUGCGAUGGGCAGGAGAUGAAGUUUGUGAAACUACCGACCACUGACUUUAUAGGUUAUGAUCAAAGUAAACAUAUUGUUUCCUUUCAUGAUUGCAAGAAGAUGUGCUUGAAUGACUGCAAUUGCAAAGGUUUCUCAUACUGGCAAGGAGGUGGAGCUUGCUAUCCAAAGUCCUCCCUUGUUGGUGGUGUAAGCAGACCGGAUUUAUCUGGUUCUAUCUAUCUCAAGCUUCCUAAGACAUUACAAGUGCCAACAUCCUCAAUUCCUCACUCGCAGCCUUUUGGUCUUGCAUAUGUUCCUAACUGUAGUGCAAUGAACAAAUAUUUCACUGCAAAUUUUCCGGAUGAACCCAAGAGCAGUAAGAGUGGACCACAGUACUGGUACUUCUAUGGAUUUUUAUCGGCGAUAUUUUGUGUAGAGGUAAUAUUUGUGGCACUAGGAUACUGGUUUAUGUUGAAAUGGGAGGGCAAGCAGUUAACAGGAGUAUGGCCAGCUGAGGUUGGCUAUGAAAUGAUAACCAACCAUUUCCGCAGGUACACUUACAAGGAGUUGCAGAGAGCAACUCGAAAGUUCAAGUAUCAGAUUGGGAGGGGAGCAUCUGGUCUUGUAUACAAGGGGGUCUUGAAAGACAAGAGGGCUGUAGCGGUCAAAAGGUUGGAAGACAUAAACCAAGGGGAAGAAGAAUUCCAACAUGAACUGAGUGUGAUUGGGAGGAUUUACCAUAUGAAUCUGGUGAGGGUUUGGGGAUUCUGUUCUGAUGGUCCACACAGGAUACUGGUUUUAGAGUAUGUUGAGAAUGGCUCGUUGGAUAAAACCCUUUUUAGCAGCAAAGGAUCACAAACCUUACUUCAAUGGAACGAAAGAUUUAAGAUUGCUCUAGGGGUGGCAAAAGGAUUGGCCUAUCUUCAUCACGAGUGCUUGGAGUGGGUUAUCCACUGUGACCUGAAGCCUGAGAAUAUACUGUUGGACGAAAACAUGGAGCCGAAGAUCACCGACUUUGGCCUUGCAAAACUUAUGAAUAGAGGUGGAUCCAAUAAAAAUGUAUCGCGGAUUCAUGGAACUAGAGGUUAUAUAGCUCCUGAGUGGGUUUCUAGCCACCCAAUAACAGCAAAAGUUGAUGUGUACAGCUUCGGAGUGGUUCUCCUAGAACUACUGAAGGGGGCUCGUGUUACAGACUGGGCAUCAAAUGCUGACGAGGAAGUGGAAAUGGUUCUUCUUAGGAUGCUUGCAGAAAAUCUGAUGCUGGAGGGCAGCAAACAGUUAUGGAUUACUGACUUCAUUGACUCCAGAUUGAACAGCCAGUUCAAUAACUUGCAAGCAAUAAUGAUGGUCAAGCUGGCUGUUUCAUGCGUAGAAGAAGAUAGUAGGAAAAGACCCACCAUGGAAAGUGUUGUGGAGAUGCUUCUUUCGGUUGAUGAGGCAGUGGCAUAAUUCAGCAGUAUUCUACCAGCUAAAAGAAGAGUUAUUUGAUACAGUAGGCAGCAUCUAUGCAUAUUCUUAGAUCCAAAACAAGAUAUCUAUGAUGUGUAUCCAUGUAAAUCAAGAACUGCAUGAGUCGCUUGUAUACCAAUAUUAAAUUUCGUAUUUGACCACACUAUGCCAGGUUAUGUAUUGGCAUAACACUAAUAUUUGUGCAAAGGCUAUACUAGUAUGUAUUGUAAAGAAGUUAAGAUUUUGUGUGAUCACU